UUUCCCUUCCUCUCUCGCCCUGGAAACAACGCCAGCAACGAUCUCCCUUUUCCCGGUUCGCCUCCGUUCUCCAUUUCUUCCUUUGCUCCUCGCCCCCGUCCCAAUCCUCCUCUGCACAAGCGACCGGCGAGACAUACAAACCGAGCAGAGCGAUCGGCCGUCGCGGUGAUCCACUCCGGCCAAAUCCAAUUUGCAGGGCAGUCCCUAUAUUUCGCAGCACCUCGUCAGCCACACAAUCACCCAGAGGAGUUACUAAUCAAGAAGGCAGGAGAAAAAAGAGGAGACCUAACAAUAGUAAAUUAGCUAGGAGACUGAUUUGAUUGAUGGAGGACAAGAAGAAGGACCUGCUACGGCGGCUGACCAUCAUCUCCAUCCCGUUCGUGUUCGUGGCGAUCCCAUCCAUCGUCAUCUUCGUGGGCAUGCUGUCCCCGCACGCGGCGGGGCCCAAGGUGGCGGUGGCGUCGCCGGAGCAGAACCACACGGUGGGGAUGCUGAGCACCAUGACCGGCGGGCAGAUGAUCCUGAGCUGCCGCGCCGCCUUCGCCGGCAACUGGGAGUACUUCCACUACUUCAUCCUGGACCCCUACAAGCCGCAGCACGCCUUCUUCCAGCCCCAGACCGACCACUACGCCAUCCUCUGCAAGUGGGGCUACAUGGGCAACUUCCUCCAGGACGUGGUCGUCUUCAACAGCAGCGAGCCCUACGCCAAGCUCUGCGCCGUCAACGCCGGCGGGUGCCGCUACCUGUUCCAGGAUGGCCAGAUGUUCCUCGUCACCGGGAGGCACGCCACCAAGGCCGCGCCGUGGCAGCACCGGGAGAAGAAGCUCAUCGGAGACGUGCUGCUCAGAGACUGCAAGCACAUCCUCGGCAUCUUCCCCACCAUGUGCCACUACACCAAACACGACCACCAGUACGUCGGCAAGAUCAUCAGCCGGUGGAGCUGGUGGUUCAACUACUAG